AUGUCAGAUGAAACUCCAGUCAAAGCUGUUCAAGUCAAACUUGUUCUUCUAGGCGAAGCGGCAGUUGGUAAAUCAUCACUUGUACUUCGAUUCUGUCAAGGUGAUUUCAACGAAAACACCUCCCCUACUAUCGGUGCGGCUUUCUUAACUCAAAAAUGCAGAUUGGAGAAUAGAAUUGUCAAAUUUGAAAUCUGGGAUACUGCAGGUCAAGAGCGAUUUCACAGUCUUGCUCCUAUGUACUACAGAAACGCUCAAGCUGCUGUUGUAGUGUACGAUAUCACCAAAGCUGCAUCACUCGAAAAAGCAAAAGCUUGGGUCAAAGAACUUCAGAGACAAGCAAAUGCUAAUAUCGUUAUUGCGUUAGUGGGAAACAAGCUCGAUCUUGUAUCCGAAUCAAGUUCGACUCCUGCGACCGUGACACCCGCAGCUCAAGAGACUGAGACAGAAGGUGAAGAUGGAGAGGAUGAUAGUGCUGAGGAAUCAAUAACCCCUACCCCAGCCACAGAGAGUGAUGACGCUCGUCAAGUUCCCACAGCAGAAGCAGAAGCAUACGCUAAAGAAAGUGGAUUGUUAUUCUUUGAAGCUUCAGCCAAGACGGGACAUAAUGUAGGGGAGAUAUUCACUGAAAUUGCCAAAACGAUUCCCUUUGACACAAUCACACCUGAACCAGCUACUGCACAAACAGGUAACAGGCGGUCAGCAGGAAAUCACGAGAAUAACAACGUUAAUCUCGGUGAGGGUCAGCAAGCUAAGAAGGGUGGAUGUUGUUAG